ACAUAAAUAACGAAUGAUAGAGAUUUCUCAUAUAAUAAGAGUCUUAGGAAAUAGUGAUCACGCACUAAUCAGUCGGAUGAGCAUACAUUGCGUAAUGCACUGAAGUAGGUAGAGGAUCACUACCUGUAUUACUAGUUCGCUAAUUGCCUGCAGGCGUCCGGGAUACUCGUCUCGUCCCAUACGCUUACAGUGUCUCGUGAGAUCAUGUUCGUUUCACUGUUUUGCUUCACCAUACUAGCACUAGCUAGAGCGGAAUCUUUCUGUAGUGACAACGUGCGGUGGUCGCAUAGGUUGAACAUAGUAAACGCUUACGGGGUGUGGCACGGCGUCGCAUUCGCGCAGCACACCCCUGACAUGACCAAUAAGCCCCUGGAAGUGGGCUGCGUCACCCUUUAUAUCAGCGAUGCUACUGGCGAUUAUCAAUUCGAUUGGCUCGAUUGGAGUGCGAAACAAAGAUACAACGCCAGCAACUGGUGGUCUCUCGGCAGCAACCCAUGGGGAUCCCCGCCGGGCCCGUGGUACCAAUCGCGCCGGCGCCGGGACCUCUUCCAGCAGCGGCGGAUCCGCGUUUUGUGGGACGAGGACGGUGAGACCAUGGAGCAGACCUACGACUACUCGCCCGAGGACCCGGGCCUGUGGACUAUCGAACAGUGGAGGCCUGGAGAAAGGGAAUUGAGAGCUAGGGGUGUAGAUUUGUGGUAUCCCGACGACCCUCCAAGGCACCCUGAAGUGGUCCGUCUGCUAAAACUAACUCCCGAUGAGAUGAUAAUUAACCACUGUACCGAACUGGGGGACGGAGGGAUAUUCUCCUUAAUCCUGCGGAGGUUUCCGGUCAAAGUGAGGCGCUGGGAGAGGCUCGAGUGGCAGAAGUUCCUCAUGAGCUACGGGCUCAGCAACCCGUAUCGGUACUUAUCGGUGUGUGCGGCUUGUGUUCCUGUCACUUCUCUACUAUGUUUCUUUGCAACAACAACUUUAUUAAGAUUACUUUAAUUGUAUUUCCCGACAUGUCCUUUCACAAAUUAAUAUCAAUAAUUUUACCGAUUACGGCAAAGCUCCAGUUAACUAUUCAGCGGAUUUUGAUGGAUUAGAUUGAGCGAGUCGGUUCGUUUUUAUGACCCAGUGACCCAGUUGAUAUACUUAACUCCCGAUGAGAUACGAAAUAGAGAGAAGAGCUAACCAGCUUCAAUUAAGAUUAUUACAAAAGUUUCAAAAUAUAUUAUCGGUCUAACAACUCUUUUAGCAAAUUUGUAGAAAAUACGAUUUUAAGCAAUACUUAUUUUCUAUUCAAUCGAACUCCAAUGUUUGUGUGCUGAAUAACGAUAAUGUUUUACCAAAUAUUUUAGAUGCGCAUUUAAGCAUACAUAUGCCUUAUAAAAUUCUCGACGGUUAUAAGGAGGUUAAUAACUGUGUAGGUAGGUAGGUACGUAGGUAGGUAAAGCACGUCUGAAAACAUUGACUCAAUCGAAGCGGCAAAAAUAUGUAUACACGACCUUAUGGCCCAUAUAUAAGGGUAUAUAGUGUGUACCUAUUUUUGGCACUUUGUCCUUAUCGAUAUUUUCAGACGUGACCGUACACCUGAUUAUGUUGCGUAUGCGAAUAAGAUGUUAUGUUAUAAAAAUACAUUAUUUAAUAAAUUUUAAAACAA